AAAGUUAAAAUUGUCUUAACACUGAUAUUCUUACAUGUUUUGUGUUGAUUGUUAAUGCUUCACUCUUUUAUGUUAUUUUGGUGUAAUUCUAAAAUACAGUGGUGAAGAAUGACAGUUUCAACUCAUAGAUUAUUCAUAUAGAAGCAUAACAGACAUAAUCAUCUCAACAAUUAAAUACAUUUUAUUUAUUAAGGUCUGUCAGUACCACAUGGUCCCUGCAUCCAUUAAAUAAUUAUUAAGAAAUUGAAAUGAGAAUGACUAAAAGCAGUUAUGUUUGGCAUUCCCCUUAUUUUAUUAAUAAGUAGUAUUCAAGAUGAGAUGAAUGCAAUUAAUGAGGGCAGGGACAAAGUUUGUCCAUAAACAUUAUAACAUUUUAGAAAACACAAAGAAUGGGUAAAUGCAUACUGCAGAUGUCAUUAGAAAGGUACAUUUCAUGUCCAUGAUAGCUGAAGGUUAGACAACACUUUUGAUGGUGCACAUUUAGUAAUUAUUAUAAUACUGAUUUUCACAAAAGAGCCUAGUUUUAUGAAAAUACUGUGAAAGACAACUUAUCCCAGUAUUUUUCUCUUAUGCUCUUAACAUGGGCCUAAAACAAAUUAAGGAUAUCAAAAAACUUGAUAAUACUUGUAUUCUUGUAGUGCUGCAUACUGAAUAUCACAAAAAUCUGUCAAGGACUAAACAAUAAACAUAAAAGUUAAUUUAGGUCUCCACAUAAAAUACCUCUUAAAACGAAUUAAAGCAUAUGCCAGUUAAAUGUGGUAAUACUCUUACAGGCAUAACAUGGAAGCAGAAGGUACCUCUAAACUUUUGUAAACUACAAGACUACACAGACUGUAAUCCAGAAGACAGACAUCUUCAUACUUUCUGUCACGGGAACCUCAAAUCCUACAAAACUAAAUUAAAUCUGUCAAAGAAUAUUAAAGAUAAAUACACAAGGUUACAAGUAGGCCUUUCAAUAAUGUGACCCUUAAAAGAAAGAAAUGUGAAUUAAUGAAAUCGAAAUCGCGCCUUCUGUAUGAAAAUUCAUCUUUUUACGCAAUUGUUUUGUCAAAUUUCUAGAGCCAAUCAUCAGCAAGAAUAAUCAUAAUUUACCAUCAACGAUAAUCGAAGGCCUGUACACUACCAUGCCAGUUUCAGAUAUGUAGCGAAUAAAAUACUAUUUAUGUAUCGUAAUCUUAUACGAAAUUGACGGAAAUAAUACAAUAUGGAUGACUCCCCACCUUAAUGUACUUGUUUGACCCAUUUCAGCUAUAAGAAUAUUGAUUUUCCAUGCAGCAUUGCGCAAAUAAUACAUAGCAGUAGAAAUCGGACUCUUAUUUGUGUGACAAAUAGGUUAUGUUCGUUAAUUAUAUUUGUAUAUUCUGUUCAAAUAUAUAAGUGGAAAUGAAUGACUGAAAUCAGUUAUAUGCUGAUAAUUAUUAGGUGUGGAACUGAAAAUUCAGUUGAUGCACAAUGACAGGGGAUCUGGUUGCUUUCUGGGACAUCCCACUCAGCGAUGGCAUUCAUCACAUUGAAUUUGAACAUGGAACAACAUCAGGCAAGAGAAUAAUUAGAGUUGAUGGCAAGGAAGUGUUGCACCGUGAUUGGAUGUUCAAGCUGGUUGGGGAUGAAGCAUUCAAUGUUGGCAGUGCCUGCUGUCUUAUCAAGGUUGAGCCUGUUGGAGGCUUCUCGUACUCAUAUUCCCUCGAGGUGAAUGGAGAGAGCUAUCAGAGAUUUUCUGAGAUACAAAGCAAGGCAAUAAAUACCUGGAUUGUUCAUAUCAGAAAUGAGACGUUUCGAGUUGUUCUGGAGAAAGACACACUAGAUGUGUGGGUCAAUGGGGAAAAGCUUCAAGUAAUGGGGGAAUUUGUGGAGGAUGGAACUGAGACACACUUCGCACUGGGGGACAUGCCUGCAUACAUAAAGGCAGUGACAAGUGGAAAGCGUCGUGAAGGCAUCAUUCACAGUCUCAUUGUGAACAACACUGUGAUACCUGAGGCAAAUGAGUGAUAAAACAUUAACUUGAAUGGUCCCUCUUUUUGCUCUUUCCUUCACUUCACUUGCACUCCUCAUUACUGAACCAUCCAUCUAACCUAAGUUCUAUCAGAAAUCUAACAGACCUUUUCUUGUAGGAUUUAAGAUUUUCACAGCAGUUAGUCUGAAGAUCGCUCUCUUCUGGUGUAUUGUUCACUGUAUUUCUUUGAAAGAAUUCCAAAUCUUUGGCAUAUCCUAAAUUACCAAGUUACAGACUUUCAACUGACUUUCAUUUACCCAGAGUCAUUGCAACAUCACGUUUGCUGUUGCUUUAAAUGCUAUUGCCUCUUGAUGUGGGUUUCCAUCACUGUAUAGCAACCAGCGUCCUCACACCACAUUUUUCAGUUAAUUUCAGAAUACAUCUGUUUCCAUGCAUUUAAUCUUAUACCAUACCAAACUGAACUUGCCUCAUUAUAUAUUUCUAACCCUAUAUUCCACGUUGUCUAAAAACGUCUAAGUCACAUUCCUAUUUGCUGCGAGACCAAUUCAUUAAUUUUUUGUAACUGAAAUUUCAAAUGAAUGAGACUUCACACUGUUAUCCCGAAGUUUUAAUGUAUUUUUGUACCUCAUAUAAUAUUUACCAAUCGUAUUUAAGGGAAAUUUAUGAGUUAUGUGUUUCCAAGAGGGAAUUUAAAAUUUCAGUACACGUUAGACUUCAUAAAGUUUACUUACUGCAGUUUUCACUUCAAACCUCGCAAACUGGUUAGAAGUCUCUUCCGUCAUAUACCAGGUUUCUGCAAGUCUUGUGUUCCACAGAAUUUGAGGUACCAAGUCCACGACUCGGACAAUGUGAUCACAAUCCCGUCCAUGGAUUAUUCUAAAAAGCAUCGCUAUGCGCAAUCCUACACCCUACCACCCUUACCUCGGCCUUGCAACUACAGUACGACACACUGUAAUACAGAGUGAUUAAAAUAAAAUAUAAUGCAAAGCA